AUGGUCCGAGGACACGCCAAGCCCGCCCGACAGCAUGGAGACCCGGCGCUGAUGAUGUCCGUGUGCAGGGCGAAGAACGCGGCCAAGCAGGGCUCCCAGAAAGGCUCCCAGCUCGGCGCCCAGCAGGCAGUCACCAAGGUCGGAUGCGCGAUCUGCAAGGCCCCCACCCCCUCCUAUAAGCUCCUGGUCACCCACUACGAGGCCAAACAUCCCAAGGAAUCCGUCCCGUCCGAAGAGGCUUUCAAGACCAUGAAAUGA